AUGCGGAACAUUACGGACUCUACUUGCGACUACGGUUUCGCGCGGACAGAGGAAGGGUGUGUGCGCACGCUGUCUUCGUACAACCCGGAUGCGUACCUCCACGUGCAGAUUAUUUAUCUCGCUCUCGGCAGUGUGACGACACUCGCCAGCGCCGUUAUGUACAUUCGGUCACUCAAGUAUGAGGCAUCCAACCUGCAGCAGUAUAAUUUUAUCUUCUGCUGCUACGCGUCACUGUCAAUGGUGCUAACUGGUGCCGAUCCGAAAAGUUAUGGCCAUCUUAUUCCUCGCCCCAUCAGCAGCUUCCUGUCCGAUUCACUCACCGCCGCCCUCUACUCCGUGUAUAUCCUGACUCUCGGAUAUUGGGCUACCAUAAUUCAAAAAGGUGCUGCUAUGGGCGACAGACCAGCUCAGCUCAUCUGCUUGGCGAGCAUUGCCAUCGCGGUUGUAUGGGCGUUUUACAUUCUGUAUAACAUCUCGCUCUUCUUGUCCAAGGGAUUCAACCGCACUGGAAUAACGUAUCUGCAUCUAAUGUGGAGUGCGAUAAUGCUGGGCAUCAUUAGCACAGUCUUCUUGAUCUACGGCUUGCGGGUUCUUUCGCGCCUUCAGGCAUACGAACAGGAGAAGAAACUCCGGAUACCCACCAUGGCGUCGGAUCGUGUGAUGAACCACUCGUACAACAUGGGGAGUCUUAGUGACGACGAAGAUGGCGUCCCUGUAGUACAGGAGCCCAAAUUCGCGAACCGUGGCAAGCCAAACGAAGGCCAUUCCACAAAGAUCCGCAAGAUUCUGUACGUGACGGAGACGAUUUCACUAAUCGUCAUCGCCGCGCAAAUGUAUAUGGCUGUAACACAUACAGCGAACGAGUCUGAAGAGCUCCAAUGCGCUAAUGGUAUCGACUGCGAGUUUGUCAAAGCUGGUCUCAGCUACCUGAAUGUCCUUCAGAUAGUGUGUGUGUGGGUGGUGUUGUGGGCCUUCCGGACUAUCAAAAAGAAAGAGGUAAUCCCUCAACCUCAGGCGCCUUCAAUGGCGUAG